AUGACACAGGCAGCCCAGUUCAAGUUCUCCACCGUGCCAGGAUUCUUCCUACAGGAUGAACCGGGCACCGAUCCAGCCACCUUCGACUAUGUCGAGUCCAACUUUGGCCUCAUUCUCCAUGGAGAGGCCCCACUACACACCCAGUGGCAGAAGUUCAUCCAAAGCAUCAAUGAGCUAAAUAACCUGGGCGGGGAAUCAGUACAAUACAAGGUACUUUUCCUGGGCCGACACGGUGAAGGUGUUCAUAAUGUCGCCGAGAGACGCUAUGGAACCGCAGCAUGGGAUGCAUAUUGGUCUCUACUGGACGGAGACGAGUACGGCAGCUGGGUCGAUGCCCGACUCACAGAUAUAGGAAGAUCCCAAGCCAGAACGGCAUUCGGAGCUUGGAAGAAACAGUUCCACGAAGGUAUUCCGGCGCCGCAGUCAUACUAUGUUAGUCCAUUGCACCGGACCUGCGAAACCGCCCAAAUCACCUUCAAGGGACUAGACAUGCCACACACAGACCCAUUCCGACCCGUGAUUAAAGAGCUCCUCCGUGAAACGAUAGGCGAGCAUACUUGUGACCUUCGAUCUAAGGCAUCUGAAAUCAGAGCCGAGUUCCCAGAGUAUCAGUUCGAGCUUGGGUUUUCCGAAGACGAUCCGCUCUGGGACGCCCAUAGACGGGAGACCAAUGAGGAGCGUAAUGAGCGGCUCGCCAAGUUGCUGGAUAAUAUCUUUGCGACGGAUGAGAAUGACAUUCUCUCUCUCACGGCGCACUCGGGUGCUAUUACUAGUAUCCUCGAGGUUAUUGGUCACCGUGCCUUUCCUUUGCAGACGGGGGCGGUGAUUCCUGUUGUUGUUCAAGCAGAGCGACGAUGA